GACUCUGUCCUGCCACUUGCUAGCAUGUUUGGGAUGUAAGGCAAGGUGGGAGCUUUAGAGACACUGGGUAGCUAGGAUUCUAAAUAACCUUCUCUAGGACAAGGGAAGGGAAGGCUUGGUUUUCUCCUCUGUUUCUAGAUUCCUCCAGGAAAAGGCUUGUAAGAAUACAAAGCUGCCUUUCAAACUCUGCCUUCUCUACGCCUGUUAAAAGGUAAAAUGCUUCCAAACCUCAUGUACACUGCCUGCCUCCCUGUGUGCUAUGAGCGUGCGUGCAUGCGCGCGUUACUUUCUCUCACUACUAUGACAGCACAUGCUCCUCCAAGGCUAUUCACAGCAUUAGAAAUACAACUCCUCCCUCCAGUGCCCCGUGUGUGCGUGUGUGUGUGGCUCAGGCUUUCUGCUUCGGCUCACUCCCCUCUGAUCGCGGGACUGACGGUCACGACUCUGCUCCACACCUCCGAGCUUCACGCGGAGGGGAGGAAGGUCAGGGGAAACACAGAAGCAGGCGCACAACUGACCUACAGAGCCAUCAAUAACUUACUUCUCUCGCAGCAGAAUUGCACAGGGGAGGGGAGGAAGGAAAGAGGGAGAGGAGAAAGGGGGAGGAGGAGGGGAAGAAAAAAAGAAAAUCCAGAGAAUUCUAGUCUUACAAAUGUAGUGAAACCAAGUGGUUGGAGUUCAUUUGCUAUAGAAGAGCAGAGAAGAAAGAGGACAUUAAAUGAAAAAAAGCAAGACGGGUCUGUAGCUUUUUUUCCUGAUAGCAGCAUUUUAGAGGUAAAAUGAUUCCUCCGAGCAGCACGACUGAAGUCAGCGUGGAUAGUGUGGAGAAAGAGAAUGAAGUGGAGAGCACAGAGCAGCCCCCUUCUCCAGCAUCAACUACCAGCCAGGAAUCAAAGCUGCAGAAACUGAAACGAUCACUCUCCUUCAAGACCAAGAGCUUGCGGAGUAAAAGUGCAGACAAUUUCUUCCAGAGGACUAAUAGCGAUGUGAAACUGCAAGUAGACUUGAUGCCUGAGGUGAGCACGAGCACCGGGCAGCUCCCCAGCUCAGAGAGCCAGGCGUCCUCCCCCACCAGAGCCCAGCAGCUGCCAGAAAACAACAAGGCUCACAUCUUCCAGGAGCAUAUCUUCAAAAAACCCACCUUCUGCGAUGUCUGCAACCACAUGAUUGUUGGGACAAACACUAAGCACGGACUGCGCUGUAAGGCUUGUAAGAUGAGCAUCCACCACAAGUGCGCAGACAGUAUUGGACAACAGCGUUGCAUGGGCAAGCUGCCAAAGGGAUUUCGACGGUACUACAGCUCACCACUACUCAUUCAUGAACAGUUUGGCUGCAUCAAAGAAGUGAUGCCUAUUGCCUGUGGAAAUAAGGUUGAUCCGGUAUAUGAAACCCUCCGCUUUGGGACAUCCUUAGCCCAGAAAACCAAAAAAAGCAGUUCUGGAAGUGGGUCUGACUCUCCCAACAGGAACUCUACAGCUGACCUGGCAGAAGUUCCUGAGGAAGGUGAUGGCUCUGCAGGCACCCUUGACAUAAGCAGGAAACGCAGCAACAGCGUGUUUACAUACUCCGAAAACGGCACAGAACACUUUGGAGAAGAACCAAAAAAUAUACAUACACUGGGACCUUUUUAUAAAAGCACGUUACAAAUGAACACCUAUGUUGCCUUGUACAAAUUUGUACCACAAGAAAAUGAAGACUUGGAGAUGAGGCCAGGGGAUAUGAUCACUCUUCUGGAAGACUCCAAUGAAGACUGGUGGAAGGGGAAAAUCAAUGACAGAACUGGAUUUUUUCCUGCUAACUUUGUUCAGAGAGUGCAACACAAUGAGAAGAUUUACAGGUGUAUCAGGACGUUCAUCGGCUGCAAGGAACAGGGACAGAUAACUCUGAAAGAGAACCAGAUUUGUGUGACUUCUGAAAAGGAACACGAUGGCUUUAUCAAAGUAUACAGCGGGAAGAAGAAAGGCUUUGUCCCCAUAGACAUCUUAGAAAACAUCUGAUUCCAACAGCCCGCUUGCUGCAGUAGGAGCCCUCUGUCGGCAAUGCCCGCCUGCCUCAUCUCACACUGUGUCAACCCAGACGGGCUGUCUUGCAGAUGUUCAGGGAAAUAGUGAGAAAACUGCAACUACAAGAAGAAAAAGACAUUUAGACUGCCACAGCAACACUACGAAAUAAGAAAAGCAGAAUGUUUGAAAGACAAUAUAGUCAGAAACCACUAGGGAAAUGAGAGGUCCUUGGAUACUAAAAGGAAUAAGGUAAGGAAAAAGAAAGAAGUCUGGGCUGAUUUCUGGUGCAAGAUGGGUGUUACAGCCCUGAUGGAGACAGACAGCUUGUUCUGAAGGACUAAACUCACGUCCUGUUCUUGUGUCUUAGAAAACUGUUGGACUGCUUUCUUGUUUGAAGUGCGUAUUUAGGGGGGAGGGGGGAAAAAUACCAUUCAAACUGUCCUCGUACUACAGUCCAAUGCUUGUAGUAAAGUGUGGCUGUGGUUCUGCAGUUUAGUCCCCAGUAUCAACCGAUCAGUUUAAGCGUUUAGUCUCAUAACAAAGCAGUUCGGAGACACCACGUGAACGUCAGUUCAAGAAAUGCACUGUGCCCUGGAAAUUGGCAGCUUUCUCUUUCUGUGCAAUCUUCCCAUAGGAAAGAGUAGCAAACCUGUGUGUCCUUUGUUUUCUCGGUAUGCGAACAAAAGCUCUCAGCGUAUGUUGGGUGUGAUGGCUGCCCUCAUAGCUCACAAAAAUAGCUGGUCCUCUGAUUCACAAGCCUGCCUGGAACUGUCCCUCUUUUUCCUGCACCUUUAUCUGGUGAUACAGAAAAUGGGUGAAAUGCUGGGAGAGAGCCACAGGCUUAAAGCGUUUUAUAUUUUUCUGUGUUUAUUGCACUUAAAAGAUUUUAUAUAUUAAUCCUAUUUAUAAAAAAAGUAAAAUGGUUAUCUAACCCCCAGAAGACAGAAAAUGCUAGGAAAGGACAGACUGCACAUAGAAGUGAAGUCUGUAAUUAUCAAAAUCCAGAACUCGUGACAGAAAGGCACCGAGUGUCUUAGCAUUGUGUUCACACACCAAAGGCGUCUUCGUCAUUUGCUAGAUAGAAGUGUUGCAGAUUCAGCAGUGACUACAUUGGCAUGAAUUCCUCCUUGGCAUAAACCACCGUGAGCAUCCCAUAAACCUUCUCCAUCCUAGUGAGACUGAGCAGACAGCUCUGGGUUGUCCAUGUAAGCCUCCAUCUUCAGACAUGUUUUGGGCAUAUGAACCUUUUAUCACCUGGAGAACAGUCUGUGGGACCCACGGAUCUCGACCAAAUCAUACAAGUCAGCCAGAGCCAGUACUGUUGUAGAAGAGGGGCCUUAAUGAAGUUUAAAGACUGGGAACCUAAUUUCCAAGUAUUUAAUUGGAUGUAAUGGCACGAAAUACACUUAAACAUCUUAGUUUGUAUUAUGACAUAGAGAUUAAAUCCUACCCCAAAGCUUCCUGCUGAGUUCAUGCCUUAUUUGACCAGCUUGAGACUGAAUGCCAGUCUUUAACUGCGAUUAACCCCAAAUUAAUUAAUGUCCUGAAUCCCGAUGCUGCAGGAAUAAAUGCACAUGCAGCAAGGCUAGCACAGGUCUUUGGAAAGCUGACAUUAAUUCUAAAAAGAAGCUACCGGUCCUGCUUCCAUGUACUGAGGCAGAUCUAAUUUUUGUUGCACCGCCCAGUUCUCAAUAGUUUCCUGAUCUUACUCGAAGCCUUACGAAAUCCAGUGCGACUUUCCACACGGCCAGAAGUUCCCAGAGCAGAUCAGUCUUCAGCCACUUAGACCCAUUUUACAGCUCUUACAUAUCACUUAAUUGCAGGGGUGUCAACUGCUGAAACAUGGUCCUUCGUAACAUAAGAAGUCUAUACCAACUAUUAAUAUCCUCCUGGCUGAUCAAAAGUAUCCAAUUUCAUAUCUUCUAUGGGAAUAUCAGCAACUUAUAAUUAUUUUUUUUUUCAGUUCAAACAAUGAACAUUUGCUCAGCUCAUUUUCUUAGUAACCAAUAAACUCAGUGAGAGGACAGACAAUUCUGAUAAGCCUUAAAGAUCAAGAAGAAAAGCAGUAGAGAUGUAUUAAUCCACUCUGAUUUAUAGGAUUAUUUUUUUAAUAUAUAUUCAGCUGUUCAAAAGAAAAACUCAAGUGUUUGUUAGAAUCAAAAUAUUUGCUACUUUUGAUCAGGCCUGUCAAGUGGACGAAGGAAAUCUGUAUUAAUGUGCUAUUGUUUACAUGAUUGUAUCAUACUGUGAUUCCCUAUUUCAGUCUUCUAUAAUUUCAAUUUGUCCCUACAAUGUGCAUCAUACUAUUCAAAGAACUAUAUGAAUAUUACCUACAACUCACAAUGGCCUUUAAUUAAUGUCAGUUUGAUUCCUUUUGAUACUGAGCAAUAAAAUAAAAUGACUGAGUAAAAACAAGACAGACCUUAUGUGGACUGUAUUACAUCUGAGAAAGCAUUGCUUCUGAACCAAAGCUUUCAUGGUUAUCUUUUCUUUGUGGGUUUUUCUUGUGUUUUUACUGGGCUUUUGCUGCCAUUUGAUAUGUAGAUGUAACAUGCCUAAUUUAGCAAGAAGCACAAUACGUGAGUCUUACUUUAAGCAUGUGAUUCGUUGGCUAUUUGCAUGCUUAAAGCUGAAGCACCUUGCUGAAUUAAGGUCAUUUUCCUUACAUUUAUUUUGGAUGCCUUACUCUGAAUCCAGAUGAAUAUCCUGACAUUUUUUUCCUAACAUAUGCAGAUCGCAAUAGAUACUGCAUUAGCAGGCAGUUAGAAGUCAGACAGAAGAUGGAAUGGACUUUAUCCAACAUAUGCUCAGAAAAACUGAAUUUUAGGAGAUAAAUACUGUUCAGAUUUAAUUUAAUAUUCUGCUUAAUAAAGACUAUGCGAU